CACCUGUACGGCAGCACGAAGCGACAGCUCGGGCUUUACUGUCUUUAACUUUAGACAUAAUAGUAGAUCUUUCUGGAUUUAGCUGUUUCAUCCUUUAACUGGGAUCAUGGUCAGAAAACACUUCUCGAUCAUCUGUGUCCUGCUGUGUCUUGUUCCUGGGAUCGACAACAAAGACCUCUCCAGUGAGCAGACCUCCAAACUUGACAAGUACUCCAUUGUAAAUCCACAGGUGAUUCACAGAAGGUCCAGGAGCCUCAACAGACCGCCACAGCCUGAAGAGAAAGAUGAGAGGAUAUCGUAUGCACUCUCCAUAAACAACACACGGCACCUGCUUCAUCUGAAAGCCAACAGAGACUUUUUACACCCAGACCUUCUUCAGAAUUGGCGUGAGGCAGUUGGUAACCAAAACUCCUCAUUAAAACAACAUGUGCAUUGCUAUUACCACGGUGAGGUGGAGGGAUAUGAGGAUUCGAUGGUGGCGCUAAGCACGUGCUCCGGCCUCAGGGGCGUGAUCAUCUUUGGAAACGAGACCUACGGGUUGGAGCCUUUGUCCCAGUCUGCGACCAAUGAGCACGUCCUCUACCUGCUGAGGGACGUGAAUUCGGAGCCCGAAAUCUGCGGGGUUGUCCACGAGGCGGCGUCCAGGCAAAGCCACGAGGCCUUUGACCCUGGUCAAUCGCUGACAUCUCUGCUGCGGAGGAAGCGCGCUUUACCACAAACCAGUUACGUGGAGUUGGUGCUGGUUGUCGAUAACCUCAGGUAUAAUUUCAAAAAAAAGAAUGAGACGGCGGUUCGAGACGAGGCGGUGGAAAUUGCGAAUCUACUGGACGGGUAUUACAAACCCCUGAACAUCCGUGUUGUGCUCGUGGGCCUGGAGAUCUUUAAGGACAGUAAUCCUUUUAGUGUGGAGGAGGGCACUGCAGGGGACGUGCUGGGCCGUUUUGUUAAGUGGAGGAAGGAUACUCUGAUACCAAAGAUCAAGCAUGACAUUGGUCAACUCCUCAUUGGUCGCGGACCAUACGGCGGCGUGUUAGGCAUGGCCUUCGUGGGCACCGUCUGCUCCGUAGCGACCUCCGGAGGAAUCAACGUGUACAACGGCAACGGUCUGCCUAUGUUCUCCACUAUUGUGGCGCACGAGAUGGGACACAACAUGGGCAUGAAUCACGACGACAGCUGCAAAUGCAAUGGAAAAAGCUGCAUUAUGAGUGCUGGUGCCAACGGUGGCACCAGCUUCAGCAGCUGCAGCGAACAAGACUUUGAGAGGCUGGUCAUCAGGGGAGGAGGCGUGUGUCUGAGAAACCAGCCCUCGUCAUCAGAUGUGAUCGGUACUGCUGAAUGUGGCAACGGCCGGAUUGACAAAGGAGAACAGUGUGACUGUGGAAAACCGGAGGACUGCAAGAAUACAUGCUGUGAUGCUGCCACUUGCCAAUUGACAGGCGGAGCCGUCUGCGCUGAGGGAGACUGCUGUCACAACUGUCAGAUCCAAGUUGCUGGAACACCGUGCAGGAAGUCUGUCAACACCUGUGACCUUCCUGAAUACUGUAGAGGCGACAGUGGGUCCUGUCCCGAUGACUUCUACAUGAUGGACGGCCUGCCUUGCCAAAACAAUGCUGCAUACUGCUACGAGGGCAGAUGCCAGACGUAUGAUUUCCAGUGCCAACAUCUCUUUGCACCAGAUGCAGCUACAAAGGCGGCAGAUACUUGUUUUAGACAUGCAAAUACUGAAGGAACCAAAUUUGGAAACUGUGGCCCCCUCAGCAACGGAAAUUACAUCAAAUGUACUGUAGAAAACGCCAUGUGUGGAAAAGUUCAGUGCACUAACGUGAACGUAAACUCCCUCCCUCCUGGCGCCCAUGUCAGCAUCCAAGAUAUUGACGGCGAAACUUGUGUGAAUGCAGAUUUCAACCUCGGCACAGAUGUGUUAGACCCUGCCUACGUUAACCCCGGCAGCCCUUGUGCAAAGGGAAAGACCUGCGUGGACUUCAAGUGUGUGAACGCCUCUGCUCUGUCGCCCAACUUGAACUGUGACGCUCAGACCACCUGCAACGGCCGAGGGCCCUGUAACGACCAAGGACACUGUCACUGUGACAACGGGUGGGCGCCGCCAUACUGUGACAAGUCAGGACGAGGCGGCAGCGUAGACAGUGGUCCCGCUCAGAUAGACCACUCCCUCAGGGACGGCCUGUUGAUCUUCUUCCUGCUGGUGGUUCCUCUCGUGGUUCUCCUGGUUCUGGCCCUGCUCUACUUCUUCAAGAGAGAUUCCCUGGAUGUCUGCUUGAAAAGACGCCGCAAGCCACGUAAUCCUCCAAGUGGAAAUGCAAAUGGACAGCAAAACACAAAUGUUCAAACUCGUGCCGCAACCAAGCCCCCAGCACCUACUCCUCCUACUGAGCCUGGAAAUCCAUCGGUUACAUCAGCUCCGAUUUCUGGUUUCAGGUAUGGAGAAGUGGAUUACUGGAAUUCAGAAACGAGCGCUGCCCCUGCACAACCAGCAGCUCAUAGGCAGGGCCCCGGAGUGCCCAGACCAAUCCCACCCAAGCAGCUGCCGAAUUGAUACAUAAUAUUCUAUUGUAUUGAUAAUGUAUUGAGUGUACAACCGCUUAAUACUAUAUGAAGGGACCAUUUUAAAUUGCUGUGACAAAAGCACUUUUAUAGUGUCGCCUGUAGUCACGCGGUGGUGGAGGCGGUAAGAUGUGCAAAUUUUGAUUGGUAUGAGUGUGUUUUAUUUGAUUCCUUUACAUCAGUUAUUGCAAAUAUGUGCAUUUAAAAUGUAAUAAGUGAAUAUUUUGUGACUCAAUUAUCUAUUAAGUAUUUUAAAUAUUUUGAUUUCA